UUCCUCCUGCCAUUUAAUAGAUCAUUGCUCAUUUGGUUUACUUUUAUUGCAGUGAAUAUUCUAGUGUUGGCUUUGGCGAAUUUGAUUGGUGGACUUACUCUCAUUGUUCAUAAUCUGAGAGAAUUGAGAAAUGAUGAUCCCCGGCCAACUACUGACCAAUUGAAUGAGCAAGAAGAUCGAUACGAACGGCUACUUGGGAAGAGACGGAAUUAUACAAUUCAUGCAGUAGUAGCUAUCAUAUCAUUCAUUGUGUUUGGGUUGGUCCCUCCGGUUUUAUACGGCUUCACAUUUCAGAAAACUGGCAACAGAGACUAUAAACUUGCGGCAACUGCAGGAGCUUCUCUCAUAUGCAUCACUUUACUUGCUAUAGGGAAGGGUCAUAUUCAGAAUCGAUCGUACAUUAAGACUGUAUUGUAUUAUUUAAGUAUAGGGUUUGCAGCCUCUGGAGCUUCUUAUGUUGCAGGUGACUUGCUAAAUGAACUUAUUGAGAAGCUGGGGUGGCUCAAUCCAAGUCCAAGUCCAAGUCCGAGUUCAGGUGUUAGUGUUGCCAUGUCUUUUUCAGACAAAAUACUGACGGGACAGGGAUGGGCAUCAAACUGAGUUUCUUUCUCCUGCUCCCAUGGAACUAGUAACUGGGGAUUUGCUGUGAAGUUUCUGAUUGUAAGAGUCAUAGACUCAAGUUUUUAGAGGAGUUUCUCUGUUUUCCAAGUUGAA